AGCCUGAAGUCGUUCAUCCUCUGAGACUGAGAAAGUAAACACUUUCAGCUUUCCCAGCAGCAAACAGCAGAUUAUAAAGUGGUACUUGACCAGUUUACCAGCCAUGACAGACCAGGAGACUCCUGAGAACACCGCAACACCAACAGCACCAGCUGCCCCCGCUGUACGCCCUAAACGGGUGUCUUACCGAGGACGCAGUGUGGGCCCGAUCGCUAACUCCAACAAGGAUGACACGGAGAUUCCAGAGUUUGAGCCUUUCAUGUUGCUGCCUAGAGGCCCUCCACCUCUUACUGAGUACCUGGAUGUCUGGGAUGUUGACAUGCUCAAGCAAACUUAUGAUAUUAAUAAAAAGAGACACCACACUGACCUCUACUCCAACGACCACCUGAUUGUACGCCGAGGACAGGAGUUUCAAAUUAAGAUCACCUUUGAUCGGCCGUACAAGCCUGGGGAGGACAAGUUUGCUGUUGAGAUUGUGAUAGGUGCCAGCCCUCAUUACAGUAAGGGUACCUACAUCCCCGUCUUUCCAACUACGGAGCGUCAGAGUUUGUGGCGUGGUCAGGUUAUCGAGAACUCCGACAAUGUUGUCACCGUGGGCAUCACCCCUGCACCAGACUGCAUUGUGGGAAAGUGGGGGGUGUAUGUAGCUGUGAUCACUCCCUAUGGCAUACGCAGGACGAGGAGAGACCCAAAAUUAGACUUUUAUAUUCUUUUCAACCCCUGGUCACCAGGUGAUUCUGUGUACCUUGAUGAUGAGGAAGAGAGGGAGGAGUGUGUGCUGAAUGAGUUGGGUAUCAUCUAUCAUGGGGCAUACGAUGAUAUAUCUGAACGAGCCUGGAACUAUGGGCAGUUUGAAUUUGGUGUUCUGGAUGCGUGUCUGUUCAUCCUGGAUAAAGCUGAAAUGCCUCUUACUAACCGAGGAGAUCCCAUCAAAAUCAGCAGGAAGGCCUCUGCCAUGUUGAACUCGCGUGAUGAUGAUGAUGGUGUUUUGGUGGGGAACUGGAGUGGUGAUUACACAUACGGUGUGGCUCCUACCUCCUGGACAGGCAGUGUGGAGAUUCUGCUAAACUAUGCUGGAAGUUCUGGAAUGCCAGUCUGCUAUGCCCAGUGCUGGGUAUAUGCUGCUGUCUUUAACUCAUUUUUGCGCUGCCUAGGUAUACCCGGCAGAGUGGUGACUAACUUCUUCUCUGCCCAUGACAAUGAUGGAAACCUGAAGAUGGACAUUAUACUGGAUGACAAGGGCAGACUGGACAGGACCCGCACCAGGGACUCCAUUUGGAAUUAUCACUGCUGGAAUGAGUGCUACAUGGCCAGACCUGACCUUCCUGAUGGAUUUGGAGGCUGGCAGGUUGUGGAUGCUACUCCUCAAGAGACCAGUGACGGUAUGUACAGGUGUGGACCUGCAUCUGUGGUGGCUAUCAAACAUGGCCAAGUCUGCUAUCCUUUCGAUUCCCCAUUUGUGUUUGCAGAGGUAAACAGUGACUUGGUUUACUACCGCAGAAGUAAUGAUGGCACACUGGAACCGGUAAAGGUGAACACCAGCCACGUGGGCCGCCUGGUACUGACCAAAUCAGUGCUGCAUGAUGGACGUAGAGACAUUACCAGCAACUACAAAUUCCCAGAGGGCAGUGCUGAAGAGCGCAGGGUUCUGGAGAAGGCUGAGGAGUUUGGGUGUCAGCGGGAGAAAGCUUCUUUUCCUCAGGCAGAAGUGGAUUUGGAGAUCCCUGCACUGGAGGUGCAGCUGGGUGAUAAUUUUGAUCUAGAGCUGCAGUUCACUAACCACAGCAGCCAGAAGCGAGUGGUGGACAUUUACAUCAGUGGUAACGUGGUGUAUUACACUGGCGUAUCUAGUGCUGAGGUUGUCUUCCAGACCCCGACUAUAAAGCUGGAGCCACAGCAGAGUAAGAAGGAAAAAGUGGUGGUCCGCAGUAAGGACUAUCAGAAUAAGCUGGUGGAACAGGGGAACCUGCACUUCAUUGCUACAGGGAAAGUGAAAGAGACGGGCCAGAUCAUAACCGCCAUGAGACUCGUCACAGUGCACAACCCAAAACUCAUUGUACAGGUGACUGGAUUUCCAAAAGUGAAUGAGGAGAUGUAUGUAACUGUGGAGUUUACUAAUCCCUUUAAAUUCAGCCUGGAAAACGUGUAUGUGCGUGUGGAGGGACCUGGAAUCAUGUCUAUUAAUACUAAACAGUACAGCAUAAUUGGCCCAGGAAGCUCUAUAACAUGGACAGAGAGUUUCAGUCCUCGUCGGGCCGGAACCACCAAAAUCAUGGCCAGUCUGGACUGUGCUGCUCUCAGGCAGGUGUAUGGAGAGACUGGGAUCACAAUUCAACCAUAAACUUUAAAGAAGAAAUCAAAAACCAACAAUAACUAUAAUAACCCAGAAUAACUUGCUUUAAUCCUGAUGCUAAUGUUGAAUAAACAAGCUGAAUCAUUACUUGUUGUACUUAAGCCCGGUUUACAGAACUGACUGUAAAACUAAAGACAGUUUAAAAAACUUCAUAUAAGUAUUAGUCCAACACCAAAUAUAUAGUAUAAUUUCAGAUUUACAGUAAAUGUCAUGAUUUGUUUACUGUUUUUUAAUGUUUCUGAUAUUAAUGAUUAAGUAAUUACAUGUUAUUGGUGUGUAAUUUGGCUACCGU